AUGAUCACCGCUCAAGCAGUAUUGUAUCAGCAACAUGGAGAGCCACAGGAAGUAUUAUUCACUCAUAGUUUUAAAAUUGAUGAUGAGAAUUUGAAGCCAGAUGCGGUAGUUGUUAAAACAUUGGCAUCUCCUGUAAACCCAUCUGAUAUCAAUCAAAUCCAAGGAGUAUACCCUUCAAAGCCACCGAAAACUUUAGACUUUGGCACUGAAGAACCAGCUGCUCCUUGUGGUAACGAGGGAUUAUUUGAAGUUUUGAAAGUUGGCGAAAAUGUCAAGGAUUUCCAGCCUGGGGAUUGGGUGAUCCCAAGUAACGUUAAUUUUGGUACUUGGAGAACUCAUGCCUUGGGGACCGUCUCCAACUUUAUCAAAUUGCCCAACCCUGCUCAAACACAGCAGCAAAAUGAUCCUGCCAAAAAGGGGCUAACUGUGAGUCAAGCUGCUACAAUCUCUGUAAAUCCACCCACUGCGUAUCUCAUGUUGACUCAUUAUGUAAAACUUAGAUCAGGAAAAGAUUGGUUUGUUCAAAACGGAGGAACUUCGGCAGUUGGAAAAUACGCAUCUCAAAUCGGUAAACUUUUGGGAAUCAAUUCAAUCUCGGUGGUUAGAGACAGAGAUGAUCUCGAUGAAACUAGAGAAAAAUUGAAACAAUUGGGUGCGACAAUAGUCAUUUCUGAAAAGGAAAACUUGUCCAGAGAAGUGAGCGCUGAUAUCAAGUCUCGUGUCAAAGAAACUCAAGGUGAAGUGAAACUCGCCCUCAAUUGUGUUGGAAGCAAGUCGUCUCAGGGGAUUGCCAAGAAAUUGAAUCAUAAUGGAUUAAUGUUGACCUAUGGCGGUAUGUCGAUGCAGCCAGUCUCGAUUCCAACAUCCUUGUUUAUCUUUAAAAAUAUAAUAUGUGCUGGAUUCUGGGUCACUGAGUUGUUGAAAAACAAUCCAGAGUUGAAAAAAAAGACAUUGGCGCAGAUAGUUGAAUGGUACGAAACAGGUAAAUUGAGCGAUGCCCCUACUAACAAGAUCCAAUUCAAUGAAGAUGCUAAAGAGGAAUUACAUUCGUUAUAUCUCCGUGGUAUUAAUGACAAAAAUGGCAAACAAUUAAUCACCUAUAAUAUAGGGGUAAAUGAGUAA